UCUCUUUGCUUACUUCAGAAUCAAAAUCCCAUCUUGUCCAAAACAAGGGGCAGAGAGUGACCCAUAUAAGAACACUGACCACUAUUCAGGCUCUUCUAUCAUCAAAACAAACCUUUUUUCAUUGCCUUUCAAAACUACUUUCAGUUCUCUUCCUUUUCUUGUUCUUCCAGCUCUCCCAGCUCUACCUUAGAAAUCAAAGGAAGGGAAGCAAAACCCAUUCAUGUCUGUUCACAGAAGUAGCUAAUUUCAGAAAACCCACCUCAGAACUUCUCUUCUCAGAAGGUUCUAAGAGGUCAGUACACAGCAAAAAUGGCAAUUUGCACAGUGUACACAACAACCACUUCACUCAAUUCAACCUGUUCAGUCUCCACACCAACAAAAACCCACUUGGGUUUUCACCAAAGACAGGUUUUCUUCUACAGCAAUAGCAGGAAAAUCAGCAGGAGAGGCAGCAGUAAUUCCUCAGAGAUCACAUGCUCAGCAGAGGAAAAGACAGUGGUGAUUGGAUUAGCAGCUGAUUCUGGGUGUGGGAAGAGUACUUUCAUGAGGAGAUUAACAAGUGUGUUUGGUGGUGCAGCAGAGCCACCAAAGGGUGGAAAUCCAGACUCAAACACCUUAAUCAGUGAUACCACUACUGUGAUUUGUUUGGAUGAUUAUCAUUCACUUGAUAGAACAGGUAGGAAGGAGAAAGGAGUCACUGCACUUGACCCAAGAGCCAACAAUUUUGAUCUCAUGUAUGAACAAGUCAAGGCUCUCAAGGAUGGAAUUACUGUUGAUAAACCCAUUUAUAAUCAUGUCUCUGGUCUCUUAGACCCACCUGAGCUUAUUAAGCCUCCCAAGAUCUUGGUCAUUGAAGGAUUACAUCCAAUGUAUGAUUCUCGUGUAAGGGAUCUCUUGGACUUCAGUAUCUACUUAGACAUCAGCAAUGAAGUCAAAUUUGCUUGGAAAAUUCAGAGGGACAUGGCAGAGCGUGGACAUAGUCUUGAAAGUAUUAAGGCUAGUAUCGAAGCUCGAAAACCUGAUUUCGAUGCCUAUAUUGACCCACAGAAGCAAUAUGCAGAUGCAGUGAUAGAAGUUUUACCAACCCAACUCAUUCCUGGUGAUAAUGAAGGGAAGGUUCUUAGGGUUAGGUUGAUAAUGAAAGAAGGUGUUAAGUUCUUCAGCCCUGUUUACCUGUUUGAUGAGGGAUCCUCCAUCUCAUGGAUUCCUUGUGGAAGGAAAUUGACAUGUUCAUAUCCUGGCAUCAAAUUCUUCUAUGGCCCUGACAGUUACUUUGGCCAUGAGGUAUCUGUAUUGGAGAUGGAUGGGCAAUUUGACAGAUUAGAUGAGCUAAUUUAUGUGGAAAGUCAUCUGAGCAACAUCUCCACAAGGUUCUAUGGUGAAGUUACACAGCAAAUGUUGAAGCACUCUGAUUUCCCUGGAAGUAACAAUGGAACUGGUCUCUUUCAGACCAUAGUUGGGUUGAAGAUAAGGAAUCUCUAUGAGCAGAUCGUUGCUAGUAGAGCAGCAGCUCCACUAGAAGCAGCCAAAGCUUGGUAAUAACUGCAAAUUUAGUGUCCACUUUUAAGGAAAUUGUUUUUCCUUAUCCAUCUUCAACUGAGCCUAGGUGCCUGUUAGAAGUUUU